AUGCUGCCUCCUGCCACAAUACAAAAAGCGUUGAUAGCGCUUUUACUGAUGCUAGUGACGAUCGCCGACGCCAGAAUACUGCCGAGCCGGAGCAAACAAGUGAAAGUAUACAGCUACGUGCUGCCAGCGGGAGCGGAGGAGAUACGUGACGAUAUUAAUCACUCGUUUGCGUGCGCCAACCGUUCCGAUGGGUUCUACGUCGAUAUCGACAACGACUGCCAGAUUUUCCAUCGCUGCCAGGAUAGAGCACGGUUCAGCUUCAUUUGCGCCGAGCGCACAGUAUUCAGCCAGAUGUACCAAACCUGUGUUCACGAUGGGCAGCUAGGUUAUCCCUGUGAGGACUCCGUUCAGUAUUACCCCGAGGGUGAAGACUAUGAGCCUUCGUCGUCCGGUUACGAGUCGGCUGCAGCGCCAGCUCAGCCAGAAGAAGCCCAACCUGACCAGCCAGCCGAAGCUGCAGAAGCUCCUCAAGCACCAUCCAAGUCUUCCGAAAUGUUCAUGCCUCCAGUUGAACCUGCGAAUGAUGUAGAGGCGAUCAAUGAGGUACAACCAGUGUCACAAGACAAUACGCUGGUAGCCUCUGAACAGACUGUGGUAAAGGUGGAGGAAGCGAAAGAUGAAGCCGAACAGGAACAGCAGAACGAUGCUAGUCAUCAUCAAGUGAAUGCAGACCUUUUCGAUUCGGUCGAAGACGAGAGUGACGUGCCAUCGGAAAAUUCUGCACAAGAAGUUCUGGACGAUGCCGAGCCUGCUGGUGCACCUUUCGUGGUACCAACAGAGCUUUCCGGCGCGGAUUCCAUUAGCCAAGAAGAAACUCAGGAGGUGGAAGUACUGGAUGAUUCCACGCAGCAGCAACAGGAACAGGAGAACCAGCAGGAACUGGAAGAAAAGGUUCAGGAUGCAGCAUCGGAGACCUUACCCACAUCGGAAACAUCGAACGUUUCUCAGGAUAGUGAGAUUACAAACGCAGAAUUUCCAAUUCAUGAAAACGUCCCCGCCACUCCGGAAAUGCUGUUCACGCAAACUGUGCAUGGCGAAGAGUACGCUGGUGACGCCCUGUUGAAUGCUGUCCAGAGCGUGGAAGAACUAGAACCGAUUGUUCACGAUAUCAUCGUCGAACACGCGGAUCAAAACGAGCUACAGCCGCAAGUGGCCGAGAUGGUGCAAGACCCGUUGCCAGCGAAGGUCGAUGCAAUGGAGGAGGGCGUCAACGAAGUACUCCCCGAAUUGGACAACGCUCCGGCCGAUAUGGAAGCGGCACCAUUGGCACUAGUCACGGCUGACGCUGGAUCGAGCGAGGGUGCGGCGAGCAACGGUGUCGAUGCUCUAGCGGAGAGUGCGGUAGAAAGUGACCAGCAGGUGAACGAACUGUCGCCCGGGUCGGCGAUUGAUGGCGACGUCGUCACUGCCGAUGAUUCAUCGGAAGCGAACGUCAGCAGCGUUGUAGGGGAUGUUACAAAUUCGGACGAACCGGAACAGCUUGCUUCCGCGCCGGAAGUGGCUGACGUUAAGGCGGACAGCACCGAUGAAGAAGCGGAGGAAAGUUCUAUCUCUUACUUCUCCUUCGCCGCCGUGAACCAGCCUGCUGAAGAUGAUCAGCAAUCUUCCGUUGAAGUUGUUGCUGCCGAGCCUUCGAAGGCCCUGGAAAGUCCUGCCAUCGUCGAAGAGAUGGUACCACUUCGACCGAAUGACAGCGUCGACCUGCCGGAGCUGAUCGUGUCAACCGAGUUUCAUCUGGAUAGCGCCACCCAGGGUCCGGCUAUUCGACGGAGGAAAACUUUUCUCUUCCGAGCCGAUGCCAUCCGGUCGAGGCAGUGA